AGGUUCGGUACGCCCGCCCCGCGUCGCCUACGACCCCCAUAACCCUAGAUCGGCGAUCCUCCCUCCUCUACCUCCGUGUGCAAAGGCGGUCGACGGUUCGCCUCGCCCCUCCGACGUUGCGUCUCCCUCUCUCCUUCCCUCCAUCCUCUCCUUUCCCCGCUGUUACGCUUCCUCUUUCUCUACCUCCUCGUCGUCGCCGCCGCCCCCGGCCGAGCCUCCGCCACUGCCCCUCCCUCCCUCCCUCCCUCCCUCCUUCUUCGUGCAUCUCCAUCUCUCCUUUCCUCUCACUGUCGCACCCCCAGCCGUGCCACCCCGACGUCGCCGCGCCCCUCCCCCUCCUUCGUCCUCUGUGCUUCUUCGUCUUUUGGCUUCGUGCCUCUCUCGCUCUCUGACUCCUCCAAGCGAGAUCUCCCCGCCGUCCGUGAGAAGAACCUUCUGCAGAGAUAAAAACAUCUCAUUACCAGAUUUUGAUGCCAGAAGAUUAGACAGUAGCCAAUAUGACAACAUCUUCAGAGGAAAUAUAAAUUUCUCAUUACCAGAGUUUGCUGCCAGAAGAUUAGACCGUAGUCAUUAUGACAACAUCUUCAGAGGAAGCUAGAAAGACAUAUGCUGAGUUUGAGGAGAAGGUGAGUAGAACAGUGUUCCUCGAUAGCCUCUCCACUCAGGUGACAACUGCUGUGAUCAAACAAGCUCUUGGUCAAUUUGGGAAUGUGAUGAAUGUGGAAUUUAUUCCGAACUACACUAUACCAUAUCCUAUCCCACAGUCUGCCUUGGUUGAGAUGGAGAAUGAGAAGCAAGCAAAGGCCCUUAUCUCUGAGAUGACAAAUUACCCCUUCAUGAUGUCAGGAAUGCCAAGGCCUGUAAGGGCAAAGCCAGCAAAGAUUGAAAUGUUUGCUGAUCGUCCUCCACCGCCUGAUAGAAAAAUACAGGUGCGUUGGGUUGACCCCUCGGAUGCAGAUUUUGUGGUGGCAAAGAAGCUGAAGCAACUCUGCAAGAAGCACAAUGCAGAACAUUUAGCACUGAUUAAGCAUCAACUGGAAGAAGAGGAAAAGCUUGCAAAACAUCAGGAGGAGAUGCUGAAGACCAACUACAAGAAAUACGAGAUGAUAGAAAGCAUCGUGCAAGAUGGCACCACGUCACGGUUGGCGCGGCACUAUGGCGUCAGGCUAGAUUAUGACUGAGGCCUCCAAUCUUGAUUGUGGAAGGUCUUCUGAUGGUUGAUUAGUGUGUUUUGGCAGCUUUUUCUUCUGCCCAUCUAGAGUUCCUACAGUUAGAUGCCGUGAAUUGGCAGGUGAACCAUGUUAUGCUCCUACGAUAUUUUUGGAUGUGAGAUGGAGGCAUUCCGGCCCUAUCUUAUGCUGUUACAGUGGCUGAUAAGUUAAGAUGAGUGAGUACGAUUUCUAUU